CUCUUAUCACUGCACGAGCAUAGGUAGCGCUAUCCUGCCGCAGCCUCGACAGUCGCUGCUACCUCCAUUCGACUCGCGGACUCUAGCUUCAUGCUGUAGACCGUGUCACACGACGCAUCAUAUACCAAAGCCUAUCAUACCCUAAUCAAGGUUCCCAGACGGCGCGGCUCCGCAAUGGACGACGGUACCGAGCUCGAGGCACGCCCUCGUUCUCACACCACAAACAGUCAGGAUUCAUCAAAGACCCUCACGGGGCAGAGAUCCUAUUCAGUCUCUAUCAAGAAGGGGUCAUUGGACGGGCAGCGGGAUGUCUCGAGUGUUCUCAGCGUGAGAGAGGAGGACGUGGAGGAGGCGCCGGGAGAGUACAGGCUAUACAAGCGGAGGUUUGUAGGACUUGUUGGACUGAUGGUCCUCGGCGUCGUGACUGCCAUGCCAUGGCCAUGGUUUGGGCCUAUAUCUACUGCCACCGCUGCCCAGUUUCAUAUAUCCGUUGACCAGGUCAACUGGCUCGGCAAUAUCGUCGCCCUUGUAUACCUCCCUGUUUCAUUAAUGAUACCUUUAUUUAUCGACCGGUUCGGGAUACGGCGAGUGGCUGACUUUGGCGUUGUCAUGAUGCUCAUCGGGGCAUGGAUCCGAUACGCAGGAACGAUCCCGUCUUUAUCGCCCGGAGGCUCCUAUGCACUUCUAUUCCUCGGCCAGUUUAUAUCCGCUAUCGUGCAGCCUAUAUUCCAGGUCCUCGGGCCGCUAUACUCUGAAAGAUGGUUCAACCUCCGAGGGAGGACGACUGCGACCAUGUUGAUUGGUAUAGCGAACCCCGUGGGUGGAGGUCUGAGCCAGCUGCUUUCGCCUCUGGUCGGCACGCCGAAGCAAUCGGUUCUCGUGCUCGCUAUCAUAUCGUCCGUUGCGUCUCCUGCUACAUUUCUGAUUGGCGAGCGGCCGCCUACACCACCGACUUAUUCUGGAUCGAAGCCUUCCGAGUCUAUAUUGUCCCUCCUCCGCGCUAUGCUCGGCAUGAAGUGCCCCAAGAGAGCAUACAUGUCCCCGCGCGAGCGGCUGGACUUUGCGUUUGUCAUUCUCAUCUUUGGCGUUCUCGUCGGCGCAACCAACGCCUUCUCCGUCCUCUCCGCCGAAUACCUCGAGCCCGCGGGGUACAGCGACGACCUCAUCGGGCUCAUGGGCGCGACCCUGCUCCUCGCCGGGAUCGUCGGCGCCAUCGCCACCGCGCCUUUAUUCGACCGGUACUUCACGCACCACUACGGGCACACGCUCAAGACGCUCGUCCCGCUCGUCGCCGCCGGGUGGCUCUCGCUCGUGUGGGCGGUGCGGCCGGACAACGCGGGCGCGCUGUUCGCGAUCUUUGCGGUCGUGGGCGCGGGGUCCGUGGUGAUGCUCCCGAUUGGGCUCGAGCUGGGGUGCGAGUUGACGCGGAAUGCGGACGGGAGUGCGGCGCUGCUUUGGUGUAGUGGGAAUUUGUUUGGGGUGGUUAUGAUUCUUGCCGAAGGCGCCCUCCGUGCUGGCGCAGACGCGGCGCUGCCACAUGAUAUGCACAAGGGAAUUAUUUUGCAGGGCGCCCUUGUAGUUGGGUUCGGUGUCACCGUGUUCGGACUACGGGCAAAGCAGGCGCGAAGGCAGAUGGACGAGGCAAUGCAGAAGGAGGGCACACGUGCGGUUGAGAAUGCCGGAGAUGGGGAGGCGUAAGAUGUUGCGAGUCGUUGAGUACGGGUCGGGGGAUUUGGUUGUGGGCUGGGAAUAUCGGAUAUUCGGUUGCGUGUAGGAGGGUGCGG